UUCUUUUUCCAUCAUAAUAUUUUAGUAUUCCUUGUUAUAUUUAAUAUUCAUUUUUUCAAACAGAAGGAAUCAGUUGCAAAAUCUAACUGAGCUCCUAGUCUUCCAUGAAAUUUAAUCCCAAGUUCAAGUUCAACUUCAGACUCUGAUUCAAACUUUGGAAUCUUUGUGGAAUUUAUUUUAUUAUUUACUAAUUGUGCUCAUUGGACCAUUUGAGACUUGAGACUAGUUUUGAGAGGUGAAGAUUCUGUCCAUCAUGUGGAAGGCGGCUGCUGGGUUUCAAGUUGUUGACAAUGCCAACAACAAUACUGAUGAUGAGUGGGACACAGAUGCUGAUUAUGUCAACAACAUGACAGAAGAAGAACAACGUUAUGGUUCCAAGAGAGAAAUUGGAGCCAUUGACAUGAAACAAUUUAGAGAGGAGACUGUGAAUGCUGAUGCACAACUGAAGCAAGCAGAGCUCAACAGUGGACCCAAAGCAUCUUAUGGCUAUGGGGGCAAAUUUGGUGUUGAGAAAGACAGGAUGGAUAAAAGUGCCCAGAGCCAUGAAUUCAUCAUGAAUGUUGAGAAGCACUCAUCACAAGUUGACCACAGCCAGGGCUUUGGAGGGAAGUUUGGUGUACAGAAAGACAGGCAGGACAAGUCUGCUGCAGGCUGGGACCACAUUGAAAAAGUUGACAAACAUGAGAGCCAAAAAGAUUACAGCCAAGGUUUUGGUGGCAAAUUCGGCAUACAGACAGACAGACAAGACAAGUCUGCUGCUGGAUGGGACCACGUUGAGAAGGUUGACAAGCAUGAGAGCCAAAAAGAUUACAGCCAGGGCUUUGGUGGCAAAUUUGGGGUGCAGAAAGACAGACAAGACAAGUCAGCUGCAGGCUGGGACCACAUUGAGAAGACAGAGAAACAUGAAAGCCAAAAAGACUACAGCAUGGGCUUUGGAGGCAAGUUAGGUGUCCAAAAAGACCGACAGGACAAGUCUGCUGCAGGCUGGGACCACAUCGAAAAAGUUGACAAACAUGAGAGCCAAAAAGAUUAUUCUCAAGGCUUUGGAGGGAAGUUUGGCAUCCAGCAGGACCGCAUGGACAAGACAGCGCAUGCCUUUGCUGAGAAACCUGAGAGCGUAGGCACCAACUACGUCCCUACCAAAGCCUCCAUUGAAACAGCGAGUGGCAAAGCUUCCAGUCUGCGCAGUCGCUUCGAGCAGCUGGCGACCUCCGACGACGUGGCCGCUGAGCGCGACCUGCAGCAGCGGCACGAGCGACUUAAGAUGGAGCAGAAGCAGCUGCGUGAUCAGCAGCAGGCUUUCAAGCGACAAGAACAAGAUGAAGAAGCUUCUCAAGUGACAGCUGUUGCGCAGCCUGCCAAGGCUCCAGAAAAGGCGGAAAUUGAAAGGCAACAAAUAUCUGAACGAGAGCAACAGGCAGAACAAGAACAGCGGGAGAGGGAACAACGAGAACGGGAACAGCGGGAACGAGAGCAGCGAGAACGGGAGCAACAGCAAAAACAGGAACAAGAGCAGAAAAAAGAACGACAACGACAGGAGCAACAAGAGCAAGAAGAAAAGCGUCAACAGAUGGAGGCGGCCAAAAGGGAUGCGGAACUCAUGGCAGAGAAGCUCCGACUUGAGGAAGAAGUCCGCAGACAAGAAGAACUGCUGCUGCUCGCGCCUCAGAUGCCAACACCCGUGGCGACGUCUGCUCCUGCAGCAGCGGCUCCUGCGGUGCCUUCUGCCCCAACCUCCACCAGCGACGACAGCCCGGACAGCCGCGCUGCUCCAGACGAUGAGAACCUCGGCCUCACUGCCUACGCUCUCUACGACUACCAGGCCGCGGACUCUGAUGAAAUUUCCUUCGACCCUGACGACGUUAUAACUCACAUCGAACAGAUCGACGAAGGCUGGUGGCGUGGCUGGUGUAAACCUAAGGGCGCCGCUCUGAGUUUAGGGUUGCCGCAGUUUUCCUAA